ACUAUUUAAAAUGACAUAAAACAACAUGACUGUCAUGGCAGCCUGAAGUGAUUAUUUUUCAAAAUAGUACAGCUCCUUAACAGGUCUAACAAUUGCAUAACUAGUUUAUGAACAAAAUAAUUAUUUAAAUAUGUAGGCAUUUGGGGAACCUUGAUACACAGUCAAGUUAGUUCAGACAGUAUGACCGGAAAAGAUAGAUGUGUGGCAGAAGAGGUGGGACAGUGAGCCCAAGGGACGGCAUUUAUCCUCACUAGGGUAGGGGGCACUAUUUUCACCUCUGGAUGAAAGGUGUGCCCAAAGUAAACUGCCUGUUUCUCAGGCCCAGAAGCUAGGAUAUGCAUAUAAUUGGUAGAGUUGGAUAGAAAACUAAAGUUUAAAAUAAAGAAAUCUAAAGUUUAAAAUAAUGUCUGUGAGUAUAACAGAACUGAUAUGGCAGACCAAAACUCGGGAUAAAUCCAUCCAGGAAGUGGUAUUUAUUUAUGUUUGUAGUUUUAUAUUGAAUGCCUAUACAGUACCCCAUGACUUAGGACUCAAAUUGCACAUCCUAUGGCUUCCACUAGAUGUCAACAGUCUUUAGAAAUUGUUUCAGGCUUGUAUUCUGAAAAAUGAGGGAGUAAGACCACUUUGAGUGAGUGGACCCUGGGAAGUUGCCAGACCUGUUUCCUGAGCAUGACCGAGAGCGUGCCUUUAUAUUGACAACGCUAUUGUCCGGUUGAAGUAUUAUCGAUUAUUUAGGCUGAAAACAACCAGACGAUUGAUUAUACACAUCGUUUGACAUGUUUCUACAAACUUUACGGAUACUAUUUGGAUUUUUCGUCUGCCUGUUGUAACUGUCUUUGAGCCAUUGGAUUUCUGAACAAAACGCGCCAACAAAACUUAGGUUUUUGGAUAUAAAGAGGGACUUUAUCGAUCAUCAAAGGUAAAUGAUACAUUUUAUUACUAUUUCUGACUUGUGACUAAUCUUCUUGGCUGGUAUGUAAUGUUUUGUGUGCUGGGCGCUGUCCCCUGCUAUGCUUUCGCCGUAAAGCCUUUUUGAAAUCUGACACAGCGGCUGGAUUAACAAGAAGUUAAGCUUUAUUUUGAUGUAUAACAAAUAUAUUUUGAAGAAUGUUAAAUAUUUGAAUUGAGUGUUUUUGAAUUUCGCUCCCUGCAAUUUCACUGGAUGUUGGCCAGGUGGGACACUACCGUCCCAGGUACCCAUAAGAAGUUAUAUGCUCUCCAAAUAAAGGUCGGUGGACAAAAAUUCAAAGGUCAGAUUAAAGGAAGAGGUGGUGUUUACUCGGUUGCACCUAGGAGAUUGUACUUUGAACUCAUCAUUACAUCUGGUUGGAAAGCUUGUCAACGAUGCGUGUAUGCCUGGAGUGUAUGGUUGAUGAAACAGUGUAGCAUGUGUUGAUGUAUUGAUAUAUUGUUGUAAGUACUGGUAUGUGGAAGAGAGGGAAAGAUCGAUGUGUGCAGUGGUUUGUCCUUUAAAAGUUGCAGCGCACUGCAGCACAGCUUGCGUGGUGCCACAUAAUUCUAUGGCACAUUAUUUAAGUGCCAACGACUGGUACUAUUAAUGCUCGUUUGACAACCAGAGGGCAUCUUUGAGAAUCAUUUGAUAGCCUUUAAUAGUGGCUGUAAGAUAUUUUAAAAAAUUGUACGAACAUAGUGUAUGGGACUGAUUUUAAGAAAUGUUGCUUAAUUAAUUUGAUUAAUAUUAUGGUGUUUCUACUCCAAGAAAAAUUAGUUGGGUUUCCGUUAGGAUGGAAUGGAAAAUAUGGUGCUGUACAACUUGAAGGUCGUGAGUGGGCUACAGUGCUGGACUAUUUAGCUAAAUAAUCCCCAUAUCAUGUGGGCAUGCGGGAGACUGGGGUUCAAUACCCCGCCGGGGAGGAAGGAGUAGACUGUCCUUGUAAUUAUGAAUUUGUUCUUAACUGAUUCCAUAUGUUUUAUUUCAUAGUUGAGAUGUAAAUCACUAUUAUUCCACAAUCUAGAAAAUAGUAAAAAUAAAGAAAAACCCUGGAAUCAGUAGGUGUGUCCUAACGUUUGAGGUCAUCAAGAUGUUUUGGCUAGAGAAAUUGACGAUACUACAAUGCAACAAAUGCAUUUAUCAUCUCUGCAAGAUUUUCCCGUUGUCGUGGAGCUUGGUGGAAGUGCAACUAAAAUGUAGUUUAAAUAACCAUCUAGAUUUUGAUGCUAUUUUUUUCUAGUGAUUUUAUUAAUGAAGGCAUCUAGAGGUUUAUGAAGAAAUUCUUGUACCUCUAUUUUGAGUUUGAAAUGUAACACUUCAGAGUACAUUGUAGGUAGAGGAAUGUUCACACCUACAAUUGCCGGGCUAUAAAGAGUCUAUUGUCCUGAUAAUCGGGCAACAAGUGUUUGAAAAGCUUUUUUCAAAAUGCCACAAGCUGUCCAUCACUACUGUAAAAAAAACACAGCAUCUUAUUUAUAUUGCAUUUACAUUCUUUACCACAAUGUCACAAAUAAUUUGUAUCUACCUUUCCAAUUACUUUUAGAGUUUGGGAUUAAUUUGAUUAAUUGGUAUUGGUGUUUAUAUUCCAAGAAAUACCAAAAAAACCUCUGUGUUUCCAUGAGGAUGGAACUAAAAAUAUGGCGCUGUACAACAUGAUGAUCGGAAGUAGGCAACACAGUACUGGGCUAUUUAGCGAAAGAAUCCCUGUAUCAUCAGCAGGCAACGCGGGAGACCUUGGUUCCUUGUAGGCUUCUUAACGAACUUACCUAGUUAAAUAAAGGUUACACUAAGAGCAUAACAUUUCUACACCAUCAUUUUAGUCUAACCAAUACCCAAACAUAGAUUCAGUCGAAAUAAAAAUCUCAUUGAUUUAUCAAGACCAGUCCCCAUACUUGUCUCAGAGCAGCAGGAAACAGUGCUAAAAUAUUUGUAGGCUAAAGCUUCAAAUCCUAUUGCUUCUAACUUCAAUAUGCUCUUUAAAUAAAUAAGACCUACACCACUUUUAACAGAACAUUACUCAACACUAGUGAGUCUCAUGUGGCCUACGGUAGGCCAACAGUAUAUAAAAAAAUAUGACGUGACUCUCCGCCAAUAAUUACAUAUAGAGGAUUGGAGGAUUCUAAAUAAAAUAUAAAAGCUGCCUCUUGGGUCUCCCGGUGGCUGCCAGCACGGGUAACUGUAGCAACGCAUUUAGCAUUGCAUUGCAAUGCGGUGACUUAGACAGCUGCGCAACUGUGGAGGCCCCAUCCACAAAGUAUCAAAAUACAGACGGACUAUUAUAAUACUGUACAUGGUGUCCAAGUCAUGAUAACCAAAACAACUAUUUAUUAAAGACUAUCAGAAAGAAUGUUGGUACUUGAGCCAAAGCCAUGAAUGAGGUAGUCCCUCAGCUUUAUGUAGGUGCUGGCUAUACGACUGUGCCAUCAACUUGAUAAUAUAUAACUAUAUUGGAGGUUAUUUAAAAAAAAAUGUUUUUACGAAAGUUAAUGUAAUCUGAAUAAAGGCCAAAAUAAUAUUGGUAUAGGCCAAAACAUUUAUUUCUGUUUUUAGAGGGAGAGAAACGCUGGGCCAAUUGUAUGUCGCCUAUGGGACUCCCAAUCAUGGUCGGAUGUAAUACAUAAUAAUAAUAAUGAUAAUACUUGACUUAGAAAUACAUUUGACAAUAUAAUUCUCCACCUACCAUCUAGGCAAGUCUAUUGUCCAGCUACCUGCUAGAACAGCGGGAACGUUUCCCUAGUCAGCGCCAUUAUUAGUGGAAUGCCCCUUAAAGUGUUGCUCUGUGCUACCCAGUGUGGCGGGGUGGUGGUCCAAGUUUGCUGGGUCUGUCAUGGCCAGUUCGUACUAUAAUGACACAAGGCGAAACCCAGAUGCAGACACAGGAGGCAGAUGGUUGGAGUUUUACAAUAUUUAUUAAUCCAAUAGGGGAAGGCAAGAGAAUGGUCGUGGACAGGCAAAAGGGUCAAAACCAGGUCAGAGUCCAAAAAGUACCAAAGGGAAGGCAGAAUCUAGGUCAGGCCAGGCAGGAUGAUCAGGCAGGCGGGAAAGAAGUCCAGAGUCAGGCAGCGGUCAAAACCGGGAGGACUAUUAAAAAGAGAAUAGCAAAAGGAACCCAGGAAAAACACUCUGGUUGACUUGACUAACAUACACAGAGAGACAGGAAACACAGGGAUAAAUACACUGGUGAAAACAUGCGACACCUGGAGGGGGUGGAGACAAUAACGAGGACAGGUGAAACUGAUCAGGGUGUGACGAGUAGAGAAUUAUGUCAAGAUUCAAAAAUUACUGCGCACUCACAAAUACGCCACGUCCCCACAUGGAUGACUUUUCUCCCUCUCACACCAAAACCUAUUUGCUCUCACAACUGCUUACUAUACUUUUAUAACAAGGGGGAAAUUCUAGCCAAUGAACAUAGCCUGUAGCCGUCUACUGAAACUCGAUUGGUCAGGUUUUUAGACCAAACACUGUUUGACAGCUCUCUAACCGGAUUUUUGCCCAUAGAGAUGAAAGGGAACGGUGAAAGGUGAGUGAUCACUGACAAUAAUAAAGAGGUAAGUUCAACAGUUUUUCAGUAGAGAAACUAGAUAACCAACUAACUAGAUAAUCAACUAUGAUUUCAAUAUUGAAAUUAUAGUAAGUAGUUAUUCUGUUAUUAAAGCAAGCUAUUGAUAUGGAAAGGUAGCCGAACAUCAAUUAGGUAGGAUGCUAACUAGCUAACUUUAGUUAGCUAACUAACAUUAUAGAAAAUUAAUUAGCUAGCUAAUGUUACACCUUGUGGUUUAAGCAAACCCGAGGUGGUUUCAUUUUCUAAGAGCGUUGUACCUAAGUUGAGAGGGGAUUUUAUUAGAGGAGGAGGACUUGGAAGACCAGCAUGAAUGGGUGGCAGACGAGGGGGGCAAGGUUGAGAUCAGACAGGGAAGACCCUCAUUGGGGAAGAGGUCAGUGAUUGAAGUGGAGGGGGUUCCAAGAGAGGUCAGGCUCUGAACCAAAUAAUAGCCAGUAUAGUAAACUGCUUACAGCAUACAUUGAGGUACAAUCUGAUUGACAGCAUGGCCAAUGUCUUCAAACCUAGGAUCAUAUCGGGGGCUGAAGUGAAUUUGCAAUUUCCAACUUGUUGUUUAAUGAUUAUGGCCGAUGAGCACUGAUAAGUUUUAUCUAUAAUCUCUUUAUAUGACAAGGGUUGAAAAGAAUUUGCCAGUAGAUUGCCGACUUCAUGCAUGAAGACGAUUGCUUGUCUAGCUUGCUAGCUAAGAUUUUGAAAGUAAAAUGUUGACAUGAUCAGUCCAAUCAAAGCGACGGUAGAUAUUUUAUCUAUGGCCAAUGAUGGGUACUUCUAAUAUAAGUCUAUGGCAUGAAUUUUCAAGCUCUACCCAUAGAUUUAGCGGUGAUGUAGUGUCCCCAUGAGUGACAGAACACUGAGCCAACUAGAGAAUAUUACCAACCCCUUAAUAUAUAUUUUUUACAUUGUUUGCAAACUGAUAUGUGACAUGUAUUAAUGCCAAAAUAACAUGCAAAACAGGUGGGGCUCAAAACUUGGGAGGCUCUGCCCCAUCUGCCCUGAAUGACGCAUUGCCACUGCUAAUAUAUGGUGGUGAAGUUCUCUGCUCAGCUGACAGAAACAGGAGAUACAGGAGUCCAUUCUGUUCCAAGUAGGGUACCUUGGCUCUCCUCUAUGUACAGCACUCUGGGGACUUUCUGCAGGUAACCAUGACAUCCACCAAUCGCCCAUGUAACUCAAUCAUUAGUGGUACUGAGAGUUUCUCUAAUUUCUUUGACGCUGUAUGAAGGCAUUGUGCAUAAGAUAAUUGUCACGUAGAGAGGAUGAUGACCAGCUGUUAUCUAUUGGUUAGAAAGAUUGCUCUAUACUGAAUGUAUGAGAUAGUCAUUGCUAAACAAUAUGAUUAGUGUAGGUAAGAGAUGAAGUGAAAAUGUAUAGGAUGGAUAGCUCUCUAUUACGAGGUGGGUUGGGCAUGAAAUGACAGCAGGCAUGCUGACUGACAAGUGCCGUGAAUUGGUACAGGGCAAUUCCACAGUAGGAGAGUGAAGCUAAGACUCAGAUUGUUCACUUUAAAAUGUAUGUCAAACAAACGUAGAAGUUGUUUGGUUUGUUCCACUUUGAAAUCAUUGGUUUUUGUUUGACAUACAUUUUAAAGUGAAAAAUCUGAGUGUCAGCAUCCCUCUUUUACUGCAGUAUUGUCCUACAGCUCAGCUCAGUCCUGUUACACAUCGUGCAUUUUGAAUUAUUUGGCUAAUUGCCUCUUUUGAUAUAGCCUUAAAAUAAACAGUCUUAAAAUAAACUGUUUUCUUGAAUGAAACAUUAAGAUCUUAAAACAUUUAAACUCCAAUUGAACUUUGUGACAUCUUAUUGUCCUCUCUCUCACUACAUUUGUUCUCAGGAGAACAGCGAGGCAGAGGACACCAAGUUUGGACCAAUUAUGCUAACAACCCGCUUUAAGAACAUGGAGAUUUUCACUGGUUCUGAGGGAGGUGACUUGGCCACAAACUGUACCUGGGACACCUUCCAUCGCUACCACUGUCUGAAAAACUGCCGCAGGGUGUUCAAGACAUCUGCUGCAACUUCAUCUUUAGUGUGUCAGCUCUGCUGCACCUGGGAGCUACAGAGUCAAGCGAGCAUGAGGACAAGAGCACGGAUGUGUCUGAGGAGGUGUCUAUGAUGGAUGUCCUCACCCUUCCCCCUCCCUUCACUGAGCCCCCCACAGAGGGAGAGGAGUCCCCCGAGCGGGAAGCCCCCAAAUCGCCCCCCAAACUCCCCAAAGGAGAUGAGGAGGAACUGGGACCCCUACCCGACAACUGGGAGAUGGCCUACACUGAGAAAGAAGAGGUCUACUUCAUAGAUCACAACACUAAAACCACGUCAUGGCUGGAUCCUCGGCUGGCAAAGAAGGCCAAACCACCCGAGGAGUGCAAAGAGGAUGAGUCACGGCUGAAAGACGACAUUAAUAACAUACAGCAUGCGCUCUAUCGGCAGGACAGAACAGCAGCCUCUGAACUGCCGUAUGGCUGGGAGAAGAUCGAUGACCCUAUCUAUGGCAGUUACUACGUAGACCACAUCAACAGAAGGACUCAGUUUGAGAACCCUGUCCUGGAGGCCAAGAGACGACUGGAGCAGCAGCAGGAGAUGCAGAACCAGGGACUGUCAGCUCUGCCUUUACCUACUAUAUACAGAGAGAAGCCCCCAUUCACGAGGGACCCCACCCAGCUGAAGGGCUCCUUUCUGUCCACGGCUCUCCAGAAGAGCAACAUGGGCUUUGGCUUCACCAUCAUUGGAGGGGAUGAACCGGAUGAGUUCCUGCAGGUCAAGAGUAUCAUACCCGAGGGCCCCGCUGCACAGAACCAGAAGAUGGACACAGGUGAUGUCAUCGUCUACAUCAAUGACAUCUGCUGCCUGGGCACCACUCACGCCGAUGUGGUCAAACUCUUCCAAUCUGUUCUCAUUGGACAAAGCAUCACCCUGGUCCUCUGCCGGGGUUACCCCCUACCUUUUGACCCCGAGGACCCCAGCGGGGCAUCCGCCGGAAACUCCCUGACCCCCAUUGGCAUGGAACACCACCCCAUGGUGGUGAACGGGCGUAGCAGCUACAACCAUUACCUGGAGUACCUCUCCCUGAGCUCUCAGCUCCCUUCGCAGGCUCUAACCCAGCCAGGGGCACCCCACCCUGGGGACACCCACCUGGAUGGGUCCUCAUUACCUCUCACCAACCCUGGGUCCGCUCCGGCCGUGACGCCGCGCGACGACAAUGUCUCCAUGGUGUCGUCAGGGGCGACGGGGAUCACCGGGGGCGUGAUCCAGGGGGAGGAGCUUCUGACGGUGACUAUGGUGAAGAGGGCAGAGGGGUUCGGGUUCACCAUCGCCGAUAGCCCCACGGGGCAGCGGGUCAAACAGGUGUUGGAGCCGGCUGUGCAGGACGGAGUGUGUCUGAAUGAAGGAGACUUGAUCCUGGAGGUGAACCAGCAGGGUGUGGCGGGGGCAAGACACGGCCGUGUGGUGGAGCUGCUCAAAGAGUGUCCUGUCGGAGCCGAGGCCACACUACUCAUACAGAGAGGAGGAGGGGAAGGUCACCUUUCUCCAUGGAAGACCUCCAAACAGAUACCAGAGCAGUGGGACCCCCAUGGAAGUCCCCAGACUUGCUUGUCAGCCCCAGUGCUUCCCCCGGGCACACCCUUCUCUACCCAGCCACAGCAUCACACCUCGGUCCCCGACUCCACGGAGGGCUUCGACCUCAACAAACCCGACCCAUAUGACCUCUAUGAGAAGUCCAGGGCCAUCUACGAGAGUAGACGUCCAGAGUACCAGGAGGUGGAAGUUCACCUGUUGAGGGAGAAGACUGGGUUUGGCUUCCGCAUCCUGGGGGGAGACGAGGCCGUGCAGGCUGUGAGUCCGGACGCCCGCGACAAGAUUGUUAUUGGGGCGAUCAUAGAGAACACUCCUGCAGAGCGCGAUGGACGUCUUCGACCUGGGGACGAGCUCAUCUCCGUGGAUAAAAUGGUGGUUGCUGGGAAACCACACAGAUACGUGAUCGACCUGAUGCACGCCGCUGCACACAAUGGUCAGGUCAGCCUGAAGGUCCGGAGGAGAGUCCACUUCUUCAGUGAGGUGUUAGGGGUGAACGGCCGUAGCCCUGGCUACGUGUCCACGCAGCACAAUUCCCCGCGCAGCGACACCGCAUCAGCUUCCUCUCCCAUAACCCCCGGCAAUGUCCCACCACCAUCCACCACCUCCCCUCCGGAGGGCACCGUCCCCCUGCAUACCAGUGAUGUCAUCAUCCACCGCAAAGAGAACGAGGGCUUCGGCUUUGUCAUCAUCAGCUCGCUGAACCGACCGGAGAACACAGCUGUCAUCACUGUGCCCCACAAGAUUGGGCGUAUCAUCGAGGGCAGCCCAGCGGAUCGCUUUGGCUGCCUGAAGGUUGGCGACCGGAUCCUGGCUGUCAACGGGCAGUCCAUCAUCAGCAUGCCCCACGCUGACAUCGUCAAGCUCAUCAAAGACGCCGGACUCAUCGUCACCCUGCAAAUCAUACCGGAGGAAGAUCCCCACUCGAGGCCCAGCUCAGAAAAGCAGAGCCCCAUGACCCAGAAACACAGCCCCCAGGCCCAGCCCAGCCCCAUAGUCAACCAGCCCAGCCAAGGAGCAUCCCAGCCGGGUCAUGCACCAGCCCAGCCGGGACAGACAACCACCACCCAGGAAGGCCCAGCACCACCAGCUCUGCCCGGCCAAACACCAGACCAGCCAGGCCAAGAACCAGCAGCAGCCACGCAGCCUACCCCAGGAGCGGCUGCCCAGCCCAGCCCGGCAGGCACCCAGCAGAGCUCGGUCGCCCAACCACCCGGCCACCCUCCCCCGCUCUACCUCCACGACGGCAGGUCAGAGGUGAAAGCCAGGCAGGACGUGAAACCGGAUAUCCGUCAGCCUCCGUUCACCGACUACCGGCAGCCCCCCGUCGACUACCGGCACCCUCCGGUGGCUGAUUACCGGCAGCCGCCCACACUGGAUUAUCGUCACCCUCCUCCCCUCAUCGACUACAGACAACACUCGACAACACUCGCUGCACAGUUCCCUCUAGCACAGUUUCCACCUGACUUCAGACCACAGGACUUUGACUACUUCACGGUAGAGCUGGAGAAGAGUGUGAAGGGUUUUGGCUUCAGUAUCCGUGGGGGACGGGAGUACAAGAUGGAUCUGUUUGUGCUGCGGCUUGCAGAGGAUGGGCCAGCCAUCCACAAUGGCAGAAUGAGGGUGGGGGAUCAAAUCAUUGAGAUAAAUGGCGACAGUACCCGGGACAUGACUCAUGCCCGGGCCAUUGAGUUGAUCAAGGCGGGGUGCAGGCGGGUGAGACUGUUGCUAAAGAGAGGCACGGGACAAGUGCCUGAGUAUGUAGACGGUGCCUCCCCCUGGGAUACCCUUCCUCCAGCCCUCUCUGCCCUGCAGGAAGUGACCCUUGACCCCCAGCAGCCGCCCACCUCAUCUCUCUCAUCCCAUUCAGCCUCCACCCUAGACUCCCCCCACCAGCUCUCUCUAGAGGCCUCACUGCGUACGGCAGCCCAGGCUCCAGACCUCAGCUCCAUGAGAGGGGCUACAGGUGGCAGUUCUCAAACCAAGUGCAUAGUCUGGGAGCAGGAAACCCCACAUGGGCCUGGGCCUGGGUAGGUGGAGGGGGGACCCCAAGAGCCCCAGCCUACGCUGCGGCCCCCCAAAGCUCUCAGAGGGAACUCCGCGGUGAGGAUGGAGAGCAGCAGCACCGGCACCCCUGGUGGGGAUUGCACACACACCCACGCAGGCUCCGCACAAUGCCGCAUGGCCCUGGGACUCUUCCUACCUGAGUGCGAGUCUGAACGGAGGCGGUGGAGAUUGGUUUACUGGUAUACACUGGGCCAGACCACUUCUGACCAGGUUGGACUGGCUGGCUCUUCAUAGGCUCCCAAAUCCAACCCACCACUCACACCAUCAGAUGCAAGAUGGAUCUCUCUCUCUCUCUUUCUCUCGCUCUACCUCUCUCUCUCUCUAUCGCUCUAC